UAGAAAAAAGGAAGAUCUUAUGAUUAUGAAAACCCAAGCCACGCUAUUUUUUUUUAAGGCCCACCAACACGUGGCCUAAUCCAGGGAAAGCUAGGGCUAUAUAAGCAACAAGCACUCGAAAAAAAGAGCCAGUCUAUUUUUCUGUUCCUAAAAUGGAAAACAACUUUUUCGACGAAGAGUCAAUCUCGAGUGAGGAGCUCAAUCAGAUAGGUUCUUAUUGGAACACUGAUUGGGACUCCUACUACGAAGAAUCUCUAGUAAGACCGUAUUCGCGUCAGGAAACCCCCUGGCAGCUCAUCUCGUUCGGAGACCCGCGUUAUCAGGAUCUAGAUCCUGAUGACCCGGUGUAUAUAGCAGCCUGUAGGGACCUAAAAGAAAAGCAGGAGAAACAGGCCAUCGCCGAGAAAGAAGAAGUAGCCAAAGCUUACGAGGAAGCUUUGGCUAAAUCAAAAAAAGAAGACGAAAUCCUAGAAGAAAAGAAAGGCGAAAUCAUCAGAUAUGCCAAAGGGAAAUUUUUUCCCUUACCUAGCCGUUUCGGUUCCACGACGGAACCAAACGACUGGGAUACGGCAUCAGACCUAAAUAGGAAACUUGUUUGUCAGCGUUGGUUCGAAAACCAAGAAAAAAAUGAUACCUUAAAGUCAUUCGGCAUUGGAAUGGGCCUACUCCUGGGCAUCGUAAGCCUGUGCUUGCAAUUGUUCCAGCAGUAGGAGCAUUAUUUUUUUUUUCCCCAUAAUUUUUUUGUCUUGUUCUUUUCGACCUUAAAAUCAAAUAUAAUUUUUGACAU